AUGGUUCUUCUCGAGCAUCUCCCCCUUCUCGGGCUGGCCUUGGGCCUUGCACACUUCCAUCACGGGAGAGGAUCUCAUAGCCACCCACCUCACUUGAACCAAGCAGCCGUCCCUCAAAUUUCUAAUGGCUCAUCUCAGCUCCAUCAGGCUCCUCCUCCCAUGCUGAUUGCCUCGCGGGCGUCAGACGAAAGUCAUGAUGCCACGAUCCAAGUUAACCAAACGCAUUUGCAGGGCAUCUUGGACAAACUCAAAUCCCUCGAAGAUGAAAUUACUAAUAUAAUGGCAUCCAGAGCUAACUCGUUUCUAGAUUCCUCUUCCACUCCCGUCCAGCACUCUGCACUGGACCCCGAUGAUAUAGAGUUUUCCAAGGCCACCAUGGGAGCAAUGAAGCCCACGAAGCUAGCUGCGACAACGCGACAAGAAACAAAGACUAGUCCAGGCAAGCCUUCCCUUGGCCCUAUACUACCACCAUAUGUCAACCACUAA